AUGUAAAAUGAUCAAUAAUAAAACCAGAAAAAUUACCGAUCCUAACAAUUAUAUGAUUCUACAUAAAGUUCCAACCCCAAAAAAAAUAAAAUCAAAAUUCUCAAUUCGACUUCAAUGGAUGUUGAAUAAUCUUUUUAUAAUUUUUAGUUUCAUUAAGAGUCAUAGGAAGUUAGAAAAAAUGAUUAGAUGAAUUAACAAUUGCCAUAUUAGUAUCCCUAAUAAUAAAAAUAAUACGGAUAGCAAUAGAAUGAUGUAAGGAAUUCUUAAAAUGAGUUUUACUAAUAAUCGAAUAAUUUUUCUAAUUAAUAGUAGUAAUAUUUUCCGCCAUAUUAUUAGAAUUAAUAACAAUACUACUCUAAUUAAUAAUAACAAUAUCAAGGCUAAUAAAGGAUAAAUAGUUUAGAAUUUUCAUAAUAGUAAUGCUAAACUAAAUUUUAAUAAAAUACAUAAAGUAAUAGUAAUUGGUAUAAUUAAUAAAAUAGCUCUUCUAAUUUUGUAGAAAUUUCAUAAAAUAAUCCAACAACUAUUAAUUCUUAAUAAAUUUUUUAAAUCCCUCAAGUACCUAUUUAAGUUACGACCUGUCUACCAAAAUUGAAAUAAGAUGAUUAGAAUAAACACUCAUGUCAUUAGUUAAUUGACUAUUUUUUUUCGCUUGCAGACAUCGAAAUAAAAGUUACAAAUAUUGAUAGGUCAGUUUUAGCUUAUUUUGACGAAAUUAAAAAUAAUUUGGGCGAUUUAAACUUAAACAUCUAAUAUCCUACAAUAGAUUAAACGCAGUACCUUAAUGAGAAUCUUAUUUAUUAAGUUUAUGAACAGCCAGAAAACAAUAUUUCAAGAUAAGAAAAAAUGACUAUUUUACUAAGCCAAGUAAUUGAGAAAUUUUUUAUUGAAGCUGAAAAGCAAUAAGUAAAAAUUAAGAUUCACGAAUAAAAAUGUCAAUAUAAAAUAGACUCAUAAUAACAAAUGGUAGCAACUAAGUUUUAUCAAAAUUUUAAAACAUCUUGGGACAGCUAUGUUGUUUUGAUUGCAUCACUUAAAUCUGAAUUCGAAGCAAAAUAAAAAUUUAAAUUAUUAAAAAAACCAAGAAUGCAUGAAUUAUUUUGCAAAGCUCUUGAUGUAAGAGAACCAAUUAUGUUUUUGGCCUCUGACAUUAACCUAGCUUUUUUUCAAAAGAAUCAAAUAUUUUUAACAAAUGCUAUGGACAUUAAAAGAUAAGUUAAUUCAAUAAUAGUAAUAAACUAUGUAUAUGAUGUUAACUUGAAAAUUCAUGAGCUAUAGUAAAAACUUGAUGACUUUUUCUAGAAUCCCUAGAUCAUGAAGAAUGUCAAAGAGACUUUUGAUAUUGAUUGUUCUAUACCAAAGGAUGUGGAUGAGAUAGAUAGAAGCAUAAGAAAGCUGAAAGAAUAAGAAGAAUAAUUUGAAAUUAUAGUUACAAACCCAAUAUCAAAUGCUCAAAAUAAAGGAAAGUAUUUAGUAGAGGCUGAGAUGCAACUAUGGAUAGAGGGCGAUCAAACAGAAUAUGUUAUUAUGUAGAAACUGUAAGCCGUAAAAAAGUAAUUGUAUGAAAUCUACAAUCCCAAUUUAAUUAUAAAGGUAACAGAAUAGGAUAAAAUAAAAUUGUGGAACUAAUUUUUAGGCUAAGAAUUUGAAAAACAACAUAAUUUAAAAGAAUGCAUAACGAAGUAGAAUAAUAUUGAAUUGACCAUAGAAUUAAAUGGAAGAUAAAAUGCUAUUUUGGAAAAGUAACAGAAAAUUUUACAAUAUUUAGAGCAAUUUAAAUGUAUUAUAUUAUAUUGCUAAUGUGACAAAGAAGUAGCUCUUGUAUUACAGAGUAAGGAAUUUUAAUUUCAAAGAUUAUUAGUUAGUACAUUAAUAGAAAUUGCUUAAGAAUUUGGACAAUGUUUGAUUAAAAUGAUCGAAGUUAAUUAAAAAUUAUAAUUGGUAGUUGAAGUUUAUUACAAUCAAAUUUAAUACAAGCAAAUUGUUGUUAGCCAAAAAAUUUAAACCUUUUUUGAAAAUUUGGAAUAUUAAUAUGUUGAAUUUGACUUCAAAGAAUUUUUAAAUUUUAUAGAGAUGAAAGAGAUUUCAUUUUAGGAGACAUUCCAAGUUGUAGUAUCAAAGUUUGGUUAAUAACCAGGAACUUGGAUUGUUGGAAAAAGAGAGAGUUUAGAAGAAGUAAGUAGCUUUUUGUUUUAGUUUAAUUAAUCAAAACAAGAAGAUUAUGUUUCUGAUUCCAUUGAUUGUGAUAAUAAGCUGGUUUUUAAUAAGCUAAAAUAAUUAUAAUCACAGUAGGCAAAUCUUAAUGCUGGUGAUCGUAAUGUAAUAAUUAGUUUUCCUUAGGAAAACAAGAUUAUGAUUUAAGCACCUGAAAAAUUGAUUAAAUAAGCAAAAGAUAAAUUUGAUAAGUAAAUUAGGGAACUAAAAAGUUAAGUUAAAACUAAAAUUUGUGAUUUUUCUGACAAAGAAAUCAAAUUCAUAGACAAAAAUUUUUAAGCAUAAUUGGAAUAAUUAAAAAAGAAUAAUGAAAUACAACUUUUUAAGACAUCUCAAGUUCAAGUAUAAGAAAUAUAAAAUAGCUCCAUAGCAUGUACAUUGCUAUAUAAAAAUAAAAGUAUACAGAUAAUUUAUGCUGAUAUAUCUAAAAUUCAAUGUGAUGCAAUAGUAAAUUCUUGUAAUAGUAAAAUGUCUUUUGGUGAUCAUUUACAAUUGAGUGGUGUUGCCUAAAGUAUUUUCGAAAUGGGAGGGACUUAAUUUUAAUCAUUUUGUUCUGAUUACAUAAAAAAGUAUAAGGAAUUAUAAUAAGGAGUUGUGUGCACAUACAAAAUGCCUGCCCAAAGAUAAAUAAAGUAUAUAUUGAACGUAGCUACUCCUAUUUAUUCUAAAGGUGAUUAAACAGAUGAUGACUUGAAAAAGAUUGAAGAGAACAUCAAAGCAUUAUUCAAAGAAAUUAAGAACUUAGACAUAGAAACUGUAACCAUUCCUAUCUUCGGAGGAGGAGCAUGCGGUUACAGUUUUAAUUAGGCUGCAAUGGUGGUGCUGAAUACUACGAUAAAUCAAUUAUAUGCUGAGAAUAACUCAAUUAAAAAAAUUUACAUUGCAGAGUUGACUGAUGUUAAAAUCGACUAAUUGACUAAAAUACUUAAAUAGCUGUUAGAACCACCUUUAGCAUAGAGAGAAAUAUAAUAUUAAUGGUAAUGGUAAGAUCGUAGUAAAUUUAAAGAUUAUGAUGAUGAAGAGAUCAACAAAUAAAUAGAUGAAGCAUAUGAACAAUUUUUACUUACGGGCCAAGAGUAAAAUAUAUUAUUGAAGUUUCCAUACUCUAAAAAGCCUGGAACUCACUAGAUUGAUUUUCAGAAUAAAACUGUUACUGAUAUUUCUUUAUCGACAACAAAAGCUUUAAUCACAAAACUGGUCUCUAAUUCAAAAAAGUAUUUUUUCGGUUAUGAGUAGGUUGAUGAUUAGCUAAAUGAAUACAUAAUGAUCUAAGAAUUGAGCAAUGUGACCUAGUUUGAUAUCUUUUAUAAAUAACAUUAUGUAAUAAUUAAGCAAGGAGAAAUGUAUUAAAUGAAUUUAGAAACUCAAUACAAGAGAUAAAUACAGAAAACAAAAUACUAAACCAAGAAAGAUCCUUCAAAAUAAUAAUAUAAUUACUUAGUUGAUAAAUAGUAUUAGUUUUAAGUAACUCAAUAUCAGGUUUCGAAAUUGGUUAAAUAAAAAAACAAUUAUGGACAAUUUACAGUCUAAUCUUUUAAUGAUAAUCUCAAUGAAACCAUUAUCAAAUAAAUUAAAUAAUAUUUAUCAAGGGAGACAACGAAGCUAGAAAUUUAUAUUCCUAAUUUACAAGAGGAUGAAAUUGAAAAUAUCUAAAACUAAAUUUAAAAGACUGCUCUAUCUAGUGAAGGGAAAUUCCUUUCGGGAAAUAAAGUUAUAAUAGAGUUUUUUAAAAAAAAAUAUAGUCAAAUUUGUUAAAUUAUUGAGUAAUUUAAAAGUAGAGGAAAAUCGUAUCCUAAAGAAUGGAUCCCUUAAAAUGAAAAUUAUUUGAAAGUAGCUUUAAAAUCCGAUUCUGAAGAGUUCAAAAAUAUUUCAACUAUGUUUAAGAAAACUGAUAGUGGAACCAUUUAUGAGAUAUAUAGAAUUUAAAAUAAAUCAUUAUGGGAUAAUUACAUUAGUGAAAAAAAUAAAUUGAUUUAAAUAUAUUAAUAGAAUGGGGUUAUCUUGAGUUAAAUCGAAACUGAAAGGUACUUAUGGCAUGGAGUAAGAACAAAGCACCCUAAAAUUAUCUAUUCCGGUUUGAAGGAAGCAUUUGAUUACUCCUACAGUGAUGUUGGCUUAUGGGGAGUUGGUAUCUAUUUUGCUGAAAAGGCUAGCUAUUCUCGACAUUAUUCCUACAAAUUACAAAAGGCUGAUUAAUAAGGAGAAGGUAGGCAAGUAUUUUUAUGCUGUUUGAUAACAACUGGUAAAGUUUCGACAAUGCCAUAAGAUAAAAAUAUCAAAAGACCACCUUAAGGGUAUGAUUGUGUGUCAGGUUUAUCUAAUGAAGGUAAUAGUAAUAUAUUUGUUCUUUACUCAAUGGAUGUAAGAAGAGCAUAUCCAGCUUAUGAGAUUAUCUUUUCUUGA